CCUCUAGCGACAUCACAUCCCUUGCCUGCCAAUAAUCGACAACAUCUAUCCGACAAUUGAUGGUGAUAUUUAUACUAGUAAGAACUUGAGAAAGAUGUCGAUCAUUUCUAUUAGCGGGCAGAGUCAGUCGGACAUCACCAAGGACACUGUCCACCAACUAGCUGCAGACCUAUCGGUGGAGAUCACCGACGCAGCUGAUGCAGAUGACUACCUUAUUCUCCUCAGGUCCCUAGAGACAGUUCUGCGGCACGUCAAGGAUGCGCCGGAUUACAUCCAUCCCCAGCUCGAGCCACAACCCGUGGUCGGGUCUCGAGAGUACUGGAAGCCCAGUGAUGAUAGUAACCCGAUGAACGCGUGGAACUUCCAAUGCAAUUUGAUCGCAGCGAACCCAACUUCUGCGUUGUUGAAGGACCGCAGCAUAGUCAUCAAGGAUAACAUCUCUGUCGGAGGUUUGCCCACCACAUUAGGGACGUUUCCUGAAGUCUUAUCGCGUAGCAAUGCUCUUCCUAUAUCGCCAAUUGACUCCUCGGUCGUCGGCCGUAUCCUGUCAGCCGGCGGAGUCAUAAAGGGCUCGUCAACGUGCGAAAACCAUUGCGCAUCCCCGCUCUCCUUCACGUCAGCCACGGGCCCUGUGCACCAUCCCCUCCUCCACGGGUACACAAGCGGCGGGAGCAGCAGCGGUUCAUGCGCCCUUGUCGCCGCGCACUCUUUAAAACGACAGGGACUGGAUAAACAGUGGGGGGACUUGGUCGAACUCGGAAUAGGCAGCGACCAAGCCGGCUCGGUGAGGAUCCCGGCUUGCUACACGGGCAUCUACGGGCUUAAGCCGACGUUCGGCCUGGUGCCGUACACGGGGGCAGCAUCCAUGUCGCCUAUGAUAGACCACUUGGGGCCCAUUGCGCCAUGCUUGGAAGACAUCGCGGUCUUGUUGAAGGUGAUGGCGGGGUACGACGGGCUUGAUCCGCGGAUGACUCCGGAGUCGCCUCUGGCGAGCCAGGUCAAAGACUACCCACAGAUUCUAGCAGCCUUCAAAUCCAAGAUACAAAGCGCCGGCACCAAGCAACAGAAGCCCUUAAGAGUCGGGUUCCUCACCGAAUCCUUCACCGUCGCCGGGCUGUCCCCCAUCGUGCGCGACACCGUCCGCCGCGCCGCCACAUCCUUCUCAGCAGCCGGCGCCGAGGUCGUCGAGGUUUCCAUCCCCCUGCACUCCUCGGGCCCCAUCAUCUGGACCGCCUCCACGCGCCCCUCCAUGUCCGACGCCCUCUGCCAGGGCAAAACCGGCGGCCACCUCUCCUACCUGCCGCCCCACCUGCAGCCGCAGUGGCCGCUAAGCCAGGCCGCGUUCAGCUUGCAGGCGGGCUCGAACCCGGCGCUCGUCAACAUCAUGCUGAGCGGGCAGUACGCCCACCGCGCCUUCGGCGCCGGGGUCGAGGGGAAGGCGCACCGCAAGGUGUUCGAGCUGCGCGCCGCGUACGACCGCGCGCUCGAGGACGUCGACGUGCUGGUCACGCCGUGCGCGCCGACGCUCGCGAUGCCGCACCCGGAUCCGAAUGGGGCGAUCCUGGAGAAGCUGGGGAGCUCGAUCGGGGUCACGAGUAACACGUGUCCGUUCAAUGUCACGGGACACCCGGCGCUGAGCGUGCCGUGCGGGGGGGCGCUGGUGGAGGGUGUGAGGCUCCCGAUUGGCUUGCAGAUUGUGGGGAGGCGGUGGGAGGAUGAGAUGGUGAUGAAGGCUGCGGCGGUGUUUGAGGAGGGGAGAGGGAAGUUGUGAAGGGAUAGGUAGGUAGGUAGGUAGCCCCUAUCUUUAUGAAUUAAAUGUGCCUAGGUCGACAAUGAA